UCUCUAAGUUAUAUAUAUAGAUUACAAAAUUUUCUCGUUUAUUAAUAAAUUUUAAUUGUUUAACCAAAAUCUCUCUUCUUUCUCUCAAAUUCUUUGCGUAUCUCAACUGGGUUCUCUGAAUUUAGAACUGGCUACAUCAAAAUCACUCUCUACUUUUUUCCUUGUCAAGUUGAACUUCAAGCAUGUAAAUUCUCUAUCUUCUUUUUGGCUUUGCCUUUUGCAUAUCACUUGUUUGUUUCUUGUUUUCUGUUUCCGAAGUCUUAAUUUUUUUGACCUAUGAAUCUAAGUAACGACAAAGGAUCCAUGUCCACCGCCAGUUCUAGUUUUGUUUCCGAUCAUUUUCCGGCAGGUCUUAAGGUCCUUGUUGUUGAUGAUGAUCCUACCUGUCUUAGGAUCUUGGAGAAGAUGCUUAGGACUUGCCUUUAUGAAGUGACAAAAUGCAAUCGAGCUGAACAUGCGUUGAACCUGCUUAGAAAGAACAGAAGUGGCUAUGAUAUUGUUAUCAGUGAAGUCCACAUGCCUGAUAUGGAUGGAUUCAAACUCCUUGAGCAGGUUGUGCUAGAGAUGGACCUGCCUGUUAUCAUGAUGUCUGCAGAUGAUAGCAAAAAUCUUGUUAUGAAAGGUGUGACACAUGGUGCUUGUGAUUAUUUAAUCAAACCUGUUCGAAUUGAGGCUCUGAAGAACAUAUGGCAGCAUGUAGUUAGGAAGAGGAAGAAUGAGUGGAAGGAUAUAGAGCAAUCAGGAAGUGUCGAAGAAGGAGGAGAUCGGCAACCAAAGCCAUCCGAAGAGCCAGAUUACUCUUCCUCAGGUAAUGAAGGAAUUGGCAUUGGCAUUGGCAUUGCCAGAUUACUCUUCCUCAGCUAAUAAAUAUUUAUCUGCAUACUGGAGGCAUUGGCAGAAGCGAAAGCUCACUUAGAAAUAUCUGCUGCCUCUGUGAAUCAGGUAUCCCUUUAAUGUAUCUAGAUUUGUCUGAACUCUUGAUUUUUGUGUAACCUGUUCAUAUGAUUGCCAUCUGUCAGAUGUUUCUAUUUAUCUUUCAGAAUUUUGUACAUUUGUUUUGGAUCAAUAUUUAUUGAAGGUCAGUAGUGUUUCAGUA